UUUUGAAAAAUCGAACAAGCGCUUCCGACUGUUUAUGUUUCACAGAAGAAGGAGAGGCGAUUGCACACCAUCGUUAAAUUCAGCAUUUUAAUGCUAAAAUGGGGGCUUGUCUGGCGUUGUGCUCGUUAGCCAGCUGUGCCUCCUGCCUGUGUGGCUCAGCACCAUGUCUUUUGUGUGGCUGCUGCCCAUCCUCUAAUAAUUCUACCAUCACUCGUCUGAUUUUCUCCUUCUUUUUGCUGCUGGGGACCAUGGUGUCUGUCAUCAUGAUCCUUCCCGGGAUGGAAACACAGCUCCGCAAAAUCCCACUGUUUUGCCAAGGAGGAACUGCUGUGACUGAUAUUGAAAACAAGGUUAACUGUGAUGUCAUUGUGGGCUACAAGUCUGUGUACCGUAUGUGCUUCGCCAUGACUUGCUUCUUCUUUCUGUUCUCCGUCAUCAUGAUUCGUGUCCGUAGUAGCAAAGACCCACGUGCAGCUAUUCAAAAUGGGUUCUGGUUCUUUAAGUUUCUGAUCCUGAUUGGGAUUACAGUGGGAGCUUUCUUCAUCCCUAAUGGAACAUUUCAUACUGUAUGGUUUUACUUUGGUUUGGUGGGAUCCUUCAUCUUCAUUCUCAUCCAGCUUAUUCUCCUCAUCGACUUUGCCCACAACUGGAACAAAGUGUGGGUGGAAAAGGCCGAAAACAGUGACAACAAAUGCUGGUUUGCAGGCCUGCUGUCUUUCACCAUCCUCUAUUAUGCCCUGGCUUUCACUGCCGUUGUGCUCUUUUACGUGUACUACACGCAACCUGAAGACUGCACAGAGCACAAGGUCUUCAUCAGCCUCAACCUUAUCUUCUGCAUCAUCAUCUCUGUUGUCUCCAUCCUACCAAAAAUACAGGAAGCCCAGCCACACUCCGGUCUACUCCAGGCUUCACUCAUCUCCCUAUAUACCAUGUAUGUCACUUGGUCUGCAAUGACCAAUAAUCCAAAUCGCAAAUGUAACCCCAGCCUAUUGAGUCUAGUGUCAAAUGUCAACACCACUGGACCAUCUGCUGACAGCACUCCAGGGCAGGUGCAGUGGUGGGACGCUCAGGGCGUUGUUGGUUUGGUCAUCUUCCUCUUCUGCACUCUCUAUGCCAGCAUCCGUUCGUCCAGUAACACUCAGGUAAACAAGCUGAUGCAGACAGAAAAGGGGGAAGAAUUUGGUGGUGAGGGUAAGGUAGGAGAGGAUGGCAUACGCAGGGCCGUGGAUAAUGAGGAGGAGAGAGUCACUUACAGCUACUCCUUUUUCCACUUCCACCUCUGUCUGGCCUCUCUGUACAUCAUGAUGACUCUCACCAACUGGUACCAGCCAGACACCACCACCCAGGCCAUGCAGAGCAGCAUGCCAGCUGUGUGGGUGAAGAUGAGCUCCAGCUGGCUGGGCCUCGGGCUCUACCUCUGGACCCUCAUUGCCCCACUUAUCUUCCCUGACAGGGAUUUUAGUUGAGCGUGUCUUUGUAUUUUAGCUGUGUUUGGUCUUCUUUUAAUCUUGUUGGUUCCUUGUCUAGUGUAUUAGGCAAUGUGAAGGGUGCUAUCAAGAAAACGAAGAUCACUUUGAAAAGCUACCCCCUACCUUCUACCUGAUAUGAUUGUUUGAGCUUCAUCAUGUUUUUUGGACAUUUUGUCACUGGUCUAUCACAAACACUUAGCAACAGGGCACUUUCUUACCUCAGAUGUUUCAUUUAUAGAAUCCCUUUGGCAGGUCUGUGAGGUCAGACUUCUCUGAUUGGCCAGAUCUGGAAAUCCCCGAUUAGCUGGACUCUUUAAGUGCUGGGGCAAUGAGGGUAACCCUUCUUAUGAGCCCCAGAGUGAGGUGAGUGUGAGCAGUAGAUAAGACUAAUAUGACGCGCCCUUCAGAUCAUAACAGGGCUUCCCUUUUGCUGCUAGGCCGUAUGCAGAUUUUAGCCAGAGUCCUGUUUGACAGCCAGUCUAAUCUCAGCUCUUUCUCACCUAAUUCAGUCUAAGGUACUUUAUUUCUGGUGCUAUAACUUUCCAUGUCUGACUGUGUUUGGCCUUGUACAUCCACAGGCAACAAUCUGUACCUGUAUAGCAGGCUCUUUGCAGCUGGGAGAUGUGUCAUGCAUCAUGCAAUGUGCAGUGGUAUGGAGGUGACUGCGUGAACACUACUACCUGUGUUUUCACAAAUGCCGUUGCUUUUCGAAUACUGUAGAAUGUGUUAUUCAGAAAGGGAUUUUUAAAUGUUGCAGUGUACAAGACAGUGACAAAACAUUUCAGAAAUAUAAAUUGCUGUUAAAUGAUAUUGACUUUAAUAUUGUGAUGAUGGUGGUUCAGUAAUUUUAUGCAUUAUAUAGUAGUUACCUCAAUUGCACCAUGAAUGGUAUGAGUUAAGAUCAGUAUAUUUUGUACUUGUGAAGAAAUGAUUUUGGUGCACUGCUGAAAAUGCAUGUGUUAUCUUCUUUUCAAACAUUGCACCGCCCAAAACCAUGAGUCAGAUUUCUUCUUUCUCUGGUUGCAUAUGAAUAUUGUGAAUGGAGUUUUUCAGAGUGUUGUGAUAAAUUCAAAAAUAUGUUUAUAAUUUAUCAAACAUCAGACAUAAUUCAUAUUUUACCUUUAUCGACCUACUAAGGUUAUUGUUGAGACAGAUUUGCCAGUGUUAGAUCCUAAUAUAUAAUAUUACAAAACACUAAUAAAGUGCCUUUUUGUAGUCCUGCAUUUCAAAAAAGAGUUCAUCACUAAUGCUGAUGUGUGCAAAGUAUGCCUUGCCCUACACAUUGUGGUGAGUCAGUGAUUGCAUGCCAUAAGGCAUAGGCCAAUGCAUUAAUAUUACAAUUAAUGUACAUUGAUUUUAAUAAAGAGGGAAAACUAAA